ACCUUCUCUCCCUCUCUCUCCCACCCCACCACCCCCCAACAACACACUUAUAUACAAUGUCUGGUCGAGGAAAAGGCGGCAAGGGUCUCGGUAAGGGUGGUGCCAAGCGACACAGGAAGGUCCUUCGUGACAACAUCCAGGGUAUCACCAAGCCCGCUAUCAGGCGAUUGGCGCGAAGGGGUGGUGUCAAGCGAAUCAGCGGUCUUAUCUACGAGGAGACCCGAGGUGUCCUCAAGAUCUUCCUUGAGAACGUCAUCCGAGACUCUGUCACCUACACUGAGCACGCCAAGAGAAAGACUGUCACCUCUCUCGAUGUCGUCUACGCUCUCAAGAGGCAGGGCCGAACCCUCUACGGUUUCGGUGCUUAAACACCUUUUCUUGUAGCUUAAUUCUUUUCAGCCUGGUGCGGCGAGUGUUUGGGGAUGCUUUCGUUUUCGAUAUCUUUUACUUUAUUUCCGCCUUUGGGCGAUGCAUCACUUAUAUCUACA